AUGCCUCACUCAGUUUCCUCCUCUGAGUCGCCCGCUCACGAUCAUGAUGAUGAGAUCCUCCCUGAUGCCCCUGCGACGGAUGCGCAUUCUAGCAUUACGGAAGAUAAAGCGCCAACCGUGCAAGAAAACCAGGCAACAGGCGUGAGGCUAGAAGAUAUGUUCAGCGACGAGGACAACGACGAGGAAUUUCCAGCUUCGGAUGCUCCUGAACCGCAAAAUGAGGGGACAGCACCCCAAGCUGCUUCGGAGCCCGCUCCUCAAUCGACACAAGUCGACACACAUAUAAUGCUCGCUUUCUAUCAGCGCCUAUUUCCGUUCCGCUACCUCUUUCAAUGGCUGAACCAUGGGAUUAUACCCUCUCCUGAUUUUGGGAACCGUGAAUUCGCUCUUACGCUUCAGAAUGACGCAUAUCUUCGUUAUCAAUCAUACGCGACUGCAGACCUAUUCCGUAAGGACAUCUUGAAAAUGAACCCUUCGCGAUUUGAGAUCGGUCCCGUAUAUAACACAAAUCCGCGGGACCGGAAAACACUACGAGGCGGUCAGAUGAAACCAAUCUCCAAAGAGCUAGUGUUCGAUAUUGAUUUGACGGAUUAUGACGACAUUCGGUCUUGCUGCACCAAGGCAAAUAUCUGUCGGAAAUGCUGGACUUUCGUGACUAUGGCGAUGAAAGUGGUGGAUACUGCCUUGCGUGAAGACUUUGGCUUCGAGCACAUCCUUUGGGUAUACUCAGGUCGUCGUGGUGCUCACGCAUGGGUGUGCGAUCCGCGUGCUCGCAGUCUCCCCGAUGACCGGCGAAGGGCCAUUGCCGGCUAUCUCGACGUCGUGAGAGGAGGGUCUCAAAGCGGGAAGCGAGUGAAUAUGAAACGGCCGUUACAUCCACAUAUGUCCCGUAGUCUUGAAAUUCUCAAACCCUUCUUCGCCCAAACUACACUUGUCGACCAGGAUACGUUCGCAAGCUCAGAACAAGCGGAGCGCCUCCUCUCAUUGCUCCCGGACAAGACACUGAAUGACGCACUGCGCAAGAAAUGGGAUUCGUCGCCCGACCGGUCCAGUACGAACAAAUGGGCAGACAUCGAUGCGCUUGCUAAAUCUGGCAAGAGUAGUACUCUCAACCCCACCACUCUGAGAGACGCGAAACAGGAUAUCGUGCUGGAAUACACAUACCCGCGACUCGACGCUGAAGUCAGCAAGAAAAUGAUCCAUUUGCUCAAGAGCCCUUUCGUCAUCCAUCCCGGUACGGGGCGUGUCUGUGUUCCCAUCGACGCUAAAAAGGCAGACGAAUUCGAUCCUCUCUCCGUCCCAACAGUCACUCAAUUACUCGCGGAGAUUGACGCCUGGGAUGCCGAACACUCCAGCGGUAAUGCAGGCGCAGAAGUCCAGGGUGAAAGCAGCACACCUAGCGACUCCCAAGGAAGCCGCAAAUUGCAAGAUUACGAGAAGACGAGCCUAAAGCCAUAUAUUGAAUACUUCCGUUCAUUCAUCGCUUCUCUGAACAAGGAAGAACGCGUCGGCAAACGAAGAAAUGAAGAUCCGGUUGAGGUAAAAUCGGAAAGCAUGGAAUUUUAA